AUGUACCGAGCAUUUCAUAGUCGAACAAAGAGACUCACUGUGAAGUCUUCUUCAAAAAUACAAAUGUCUGGUACCGAAUUUGAUAUCACAAAAACUUAUCUCAAGUUUUUGGAGGAUGACCAAGAUAUGACCAUGCCUAUUGCGGCCAUUGAGUCACUCGUGACAAUGUUGCGCGUGAAACAGCCUUCGACUUCAAGUGAAUUGAUCAAUUUGGUUAAGUCGAAUAUCUCUACAUUGAAACUGUCGAUCUCAAAUGCCAUAUCCCUAUCCGCUGGAUGUGAUUUAUUUAUGAGAUUCGUCUCCAGGAAUACGAAUUUGUACUCUGACUGGGAAUCUUGCAAAAGAAAUUUAGUAGAGAACGGUGAACUCUUUGUUCAAAGAGCAAAAGAAUCAAGAGCUAAGUCAGCCGAGUUUGGCGUACCAUUUAUCAAAGAUGAUGAUACGAUUUUAGUGCAUUCUUACUCUCGUGUGGUCUGUCAGCUUCUCAUAAAAGCGAGGACUGAAAAAUUUUUGAGAUUUAAGGUCAUUGUAACUGAAGCUAGGCCCACAGGAAAGGGCUAUCAUAUGGCUAAACUACUUCGAGAAGCAGACAUUCCUGUUGAGGUAAUUGUGGAUAGUGCUGUGGGGUAUAUGCUUCAUAAAACCGAUAAAAUCAUGGUAGGCGCUGAAGGUGUCGUUGAAAGCGGUGGUAUUAUCAAUCACAUCGGUUCCUAUCAGAUUGGCUGCUUAGCUAAAGCCAAUAACAAACCAUUCUAUGUCGUUACAGAAUCACACAAAUUUGUCAGGCUCUUUCCCUUAGCAUCUAAUGAUUUGCCGCGGGAAAUGUCAAGAAUGAUUGAUGAGACACAAAAUGAAGGUGACGAUUCGUUUCUUAAGACGCAGCUUGUUGACUUUACUCCUCAUGAAUUUAUAACAGCAUUGAUUACUGAUCUUGGAGUCUUAACUCCUUCUGCAGUCUCAGAAGAGUUAAUCAAGAUGUGGUACGAUUAA